AAAAUAACAAUUAAAUUAUUAUUAAAAUGUUGCACAUAUUGUACAGCAGAACAACUCAUUUUAAUAAAGGUACACAUUUUUUAACAUGACUGCACAAUAAUUCCCAAUGGUGCAUGUCUUUUCUGUGUCUUGAAAAAAAAAAACACUAAAAAGAUGAUUUAGUUAACAUUUUUGGUCUCAAUUUCACAAGCUAACUUUAAUAUGUAGAAUGUAGUAUGUUUAAUUGUUUUGUACGUUGCAUUUAAGUACAACCGAUAAAGAAGAUACAGAUAAAAGAUUGCAUUUAAGCCGUGAUGAGAGAGGUCUCCCGGUCUCCCCCGCACCCUAUUUGAGAGUCUCUGGUUUUCUCUUCAGCAGUGUAUGAUAGGUGGCAGUAUGGAACUAGUUUUGGAUCUGAAAACCCGCAGAAGCAGAAACUGGAGCUCCACGAGCUUUCAGCUAGUAAUUCUGUAGAUCUGAACAGUUCCAGUCUUCACUGUGGAUCAGCGGAGUCCGUUCUGAGAAAGAAAUGAUCAUCAGUUAGAUGCUCUUUACUCCUCUUUCUGCAUCGCUGCAUUUCCUCCGGAUUCUAGGAUCUUGUUAUUAUGGUGCAGUUAGAGAAAUGAAUGCUGUCCUGUUUCAGGUCUCCUGCUCCUGGUGACAACUUCCCAAUCUGUUUGAAAUUUAUCUUCAGAAAUACAGUACCAGAACAGUUCACAAACAGGAUAAACUACUUAAACAGUGGAAGAACAUAAAAUUCAGAAAAAUGUCCAUUAAUGGGCCAACAUCAUCUCCUACCCCACCCAAACAAAUGCAGAAACGUACAGGCAAGAAGAAAACUCACCACUGUUCAGACUGUGGAAAAAGUUUUAGUCAACAGAGUCAUCUCCAACUACACCAACGCAUUCACACUGGAGAGAAACAGUAUUACUGCUCAGAUUGUGGGAAAAGUUUUACUCAACAGAGUCAUCUCCAAUGCCACCAGCGUAUUCACACUGGGGAGAAACCGUAUAACUGCUCAGACUGUGGAAAGAGUUUUAGUCGUCAGAGUAAUCUCCAACUUCACCAGCGCAUUCACACUGGAGAGAAACCGUAUCACUGCUCAGACUGUGGAAAGAGUUUUAGUCGUCAGAGUCAUCUCCAACUACACCAGCGCAUUCACACUGGGGAGAAACCUUAUCACUGCUUAGACUGUGGGAAGAGUUUUAGUCGUCAGGGUCAUCUCCAAGAACACCAGCGCAUUCACACUGGAGAGAAACAGUAUUACUGCUCAGAUUGUGGGAAAACUUUUACUCAACAGAAUCAUCUCCAAUGCCACCAGCGCAUUCACACUGGGGUGAAACCGUAUUACUGCUCAGACUGUGGGAAAACUUUUACUCGUCAAAGUACUCUCAAAAACCACCAGCGCAUUCACACUGGAGAGAAACCGUAUCACUGCUCAGACUGUGGAAGGAGUUUUACUGAUCAGAGUACUCUAAAAAAACACCAGCGCAUUCACACUGGGGAGAAACCAUAUUACUGCUCAGACUGUGGGAGGAGUUUUACUCGUCAGAGUAUCCUCAAAAAACACCAGCGCAUUCACACCAGAGAGAAACCAUAUCACUGCUCAGACUGUGGAAAGAGUUUUAGUCAACAGAUUAGUCUCAAAAAACACCGGUGCAUUCACACUGGAGAGAAACCGUACCACUGCUCAGACUGUGGGAAGAGUUUUACUUGUCAGAGUAUCCUCAAAAAACACCAGCACAUUCACACUGGAGAGAAACCGUAUCACUGCUCCGACUGUGGGAAGAGUUUUAGUCAGCAGAGUCAUCUCCAACGCCACCAGCGCAUUCACACUGGAGAGAAACCUUAUCACUGCUCAGAUUGUGGGAGGAGUUUUGGUUGUCAGAGUCAUCUCCAACAACACCAGCGCAUUCACGCUAGAGAGAAACCAUUUUACUGCUCAGACUGUGGGAGGAGUUUUACUGUUCAGAGUCAUCUCAAAAAACACCAGCGCAUUCACACUGGAGAGAAACCAAAUUUUUCUCAGACUGUGAGAAGAGCUUCAGGUAUUCUUGUAACCUGAAGAAACACAUAUGCUCUAAGAUCAGUAAUGGAACAGGGUUAGGUUUCCAAAAAGCUAACUUGGUUAACUAGUACUUAAGAUUGAUCAUUAAUUAAAGAGUGUCUCCUUAACCUAUAAACAGAACAUUAUUAUUUAUCCCCAAACUUUUGCAGCAAUGCUGGCAGCACACAUGUGACUUGUUCUCAAAAACUGCAGUAUGACCUUGGCCAAUGUGCUAUAGCUCAGAUUCAGGGUGUUAUCAGUCUUCUUAUAGACUAGUCCAUCUAAACAAUUCUAUUUCUCCGAUCCUUAGCGAGAUGUGCCAUUUUGAAUAUACAUGCCAUGUUGGUACCCAGAACACUAAUGAUUAACAGAUUAACACAAUUUGGACAUGUUCACUUUGUAAAUGUAAGUUUAAUUUUUAUAAUGUUGUUCCAUUAAAAGAUAAAAUAAAUCUACCUACAAAGCUGUAACAA